AAAACUCGAAAAUGCCGAGAAUGAAGCUCUCUUUCAUUGCUUAUUUUGCCAUCACGGCAGUUAUGGCAAUCGGUGCUUCGGCCUCGCUGGUCACAUUCAUCUUUGGCGACUCCUUAACGGAAGUCGGGAACAACAAUCACUUUCAGUACUCUCUGGCAAGGUCGGACUAUCCAUUUUACGGCAUAGACUAUGAAGGUGGACAGGCAACUGGGAGGUUCACAAAUGGGAGGACCAUUGGCGACAUUUUAUCUGCAAAGCUUGGGAUUUCUUCGCCGCCACCGUAUUUGUCAUUGUCGCCGAACGAUGACGCAAUUCUUCAAGGGGUCAGUUAUGCAUCUGGCGGAGCAGGAAUUCUCAACGAGACUGGGCUCUACUUUAUCCAGAGGCUAUCAUUCGAUGAUCAAAUCAACUACUUCAACAAGACCAGAGAAGUGAUCAUCGCUAAACUUGGAGAGGAAGCUGCAAACAAGUUCUGCAAUAAAGCCCUCUACUUCAUCGGCCUUGGCAGCAAUGACUACGUGAACAAUUUUUUGCAGCCGUUCUUAGCCGAUGGUCAGCAAUAUACACAUGACGAGUUCUUGGAACUCUUGCUGUCCACCUUAGAUCAGCAACUCACGAGGCUGUACAAACUCGGCGCACGGAAGAUUGUCUUCCACGGGCUUGGUCCUCUUGGCUGUAUCCCUUCACAGAGAGUGAAAUCGAAGCAAGGCCAGUGCCUGCAUCGAGUCAAUGAAUGGGUUCUCGUAUUCAAUGCCAGAGUGCAGAAACUACUCGCCUCUCUGAAUCAACGGCUCCCGACCGCAGGAUUCGCAUUUGCUGACACCUAUCAGGCGGUCCUGGACUUGAUCGACAACCCCACCAAUUAUGGAUUUAAGGUCUCCAACACUUCAUGUUGCAAUGUGGAUACAUCUGUAGGUGGCCUGUGCUUGCCAAACUCUAAGUUAUGCAAAAACCGCCAUGAGUACGUCUUUUGGGAUGCUUUCCAUCCCUCGGACGCGGCCAAUGCCAUUCUUGCUGAUAAGCUUUUCUCCAGCUUAUUUUCCGGUUCCCCUUCCAUCGCACCAACACCCACUGGCCAAUGAGGCAACUGUUGACCGACCAAAAAAAAAAAAAAAAUGAGGCAACUGUUGAAUUGGUCUGCUUAAGGUUUGUGUACCCUGUAAGGCUGGCGAGUUACUACAUGAUGAGUAUUAGUAAAGUAAAUGUAUUCGAAUACCGAGAACAACUAAUUACAGUUGUAGGUUUGAUGCUCGCGGAAUAAUAGACUUCAGAAUAAUACUCUGUUCACAGGUAUGAGGUGACCUGAACCUGAGUGUUGCUCCUAUGCUUGUAAUGCAAACAUAUGCACCCACUGUUUGAUAAUACAAGAUGAGUAUUUUGUAGAUA